AUGGGCGAGCUCCCGUUCUUCUGCGCGGAGAACGCCGUGGACCCCGACCGCCUGUGGAUCUGGGAGAAGGCCGUGUAUGUGGACGAGAACCGGCGCACCUGGCUGCCCAUCAUCAUCAAGACAGAGAAUAACUUCCAGGUGCUCAUGCGCCAGGAAGACGUCACCUUGGGGGAGGCCCUGAGCCCCACUCAGCUGAUGCCAUGCCCACUGCCUCUGAUGUGGCAGCUGUACCCUGGACGAAGAUACCGAGGCUCAGACUCCAGUAUCUGGCGUGUUGUGUACCACAUCGAGCUCCGCGGCAUGGAGGACAUGCUUCUGGAGCAGCUGCCACCCCUGGAGUGA